AUGUCUCCGUACGCAGGGUCUUCCGAGGUCGGAGCCACGGCAACCCUUACCGUCGGAACGGAACUCAAUGCAGAAAUUCUGCUCCUUUCCGACCUCACGCCUCACACCACGAUGAUGUUCUCAUUCCCCGCCGAGAAGACGCCCCCGCAGGAAGCAUCCCGACAGCCCAGACCAAAGCGUGCCAAGAUCGGCGUUGCCUUUUGCGGCCCUUGCGCGAUAAGGAAAUCAGGCGUCCAAGCUUGCGUUUACGGUACCGUGAGGCUGAAGCGUCCCCCCGCUUGUCGAAUGUGCCCCGCGUCUACUCAAACGCACCCAACGGCUAGUAUUAGCACGGAUAAGUCGCGGUACAGUACGGGGGCGCAAAUCCAGGUCUCCGAAGGUGAAGAUGAGGAUGCGGAGCGACUACCCCGUGGGGGCCUCUUCGGCGCCUCCAGCGGAGCAACCAUUUUGGACGAAGCCGGAGAUAUGAGUGGGCAGAAAGCCAAAUCGAAGACAAAUCUGGUCUAUCCAAAGCCUCUCAAGGAGCUGCCGCGGAUGCGGAAACGAACAAGGCAAGAGCCAUCCGACGUCCAGUUUGCGAUUCCACCAAGGAAGGUGGCCGACCAUCUGUUAAACCUAUACUGGGACUUCGUUGACAGCGCUUACCCGUGGCUCGAUCGCCUUUCUAUCGAAAGCGCAUAUGAAACAUUAUGGUCAACAGACGGAGAGCUCUGCAUGGACGAGAGGGCAUUGCACUGCCUCCUGAAUCUCAUGUUCGCCACUUCAUGCGUUGCUUCUCAAGGCGACUCUCCUCUCUCACGCUACCAGUCCUCGGGCGUCUUUUUUGAAAGAGCCCAGGAACUGAUGGCGUAUGUGGUGAUGGAUAUAUACAACUUUGAGACCAUCCAAAUCCUGUUACUUACCGCGGUGUAUCUUCAGCAUGAGAAGAUGCCUGAAAGAUGCUUUCGGAGUAUUGCAACAGCAAUCCAUAUCGCCCAAGAACUGGGACUGCAUCUUCCUGUGAUCACCAAGGCCAUUCUUGAUCCGCGCGAGCGAGACCUAGCACACCAAGUCUGGAACGGGUGCGUUAUCAUGGACAGGAUCUGCGCGAUGACCUUUGGUUGUGCGCUCAAGGUACCGCAAUCUCUCGCGAAGGAAGGCCUGAAUUCCAUGACACUUGCUGGAGAGAAUGAAAUACUGCCCUCGAAGGUGAACUUCUAUAUGUCGUUCUGUCGGCUGCAUUAUAUCAUUGGCGAGGUGCUUGAAGCAUUCUAUAUCUCAAGCGACACCAGCGGCCUCAAUCCAACUGUUCCUUCAUUGAUAGACUUGCCAGUCUGUUCAGGAUCGAGUCCGAGUUGA